UCCCAGUGGGGCGGUUGAGCCUCUGUGAUUGGUUGACGGAACCUCAACGAGCGCUCCCUGGAGCCAGAGAGGAACCGGCGAGCACGAACGGGGGUAAAAUGGCGCUGUCUCAAGGAACAAAGAAGAAAGUUUGCUAUUACUAUGACGGUGAUGUGGGGAAUUACUACUAUGGCCAGGGCCAUCCCAUGAAACCCCACAGGAUCCGCAUGACACACAACCUCCUCCUCAACUAUGGCCUGUACAGAAAAAUGGAGAUCUAUAGACCACACAAAGCCAGUGGUGAGGAGAUGACAAAAUAUCACAGUGAUGACUACAUUAAGUUCCUGAGGUCCAUCCGACCAGACAACAUGUCUGAGUACAGCAAACAAAUGCAGAGAUUUAAUGUUGGGGAGGACUGUCCGGUGUUUGAUGGUCUCUUUGAGUUUUGCCAGCUGUCAACGGGUGGCUCUGUGGCUGGAGCAGUGAAGCUGAACAAGCAGCAGACAGACAUCGCCAUCAACUGGGCAGGCGGACUACAUCACGCCAAGAAGUCCGAGGCCUCUGGUUUCUGCUACGUCAAUGACAUUGUCCUGGCCAUCCUGGAGCUUCUCAAAUACCACCAGAGGGUGUUAUACAUAGACAUUGACAUCCACCACGGCGAUGGAGUGGAGGAGGCCUUCUACACCACAGACAGGGUCAUGACUGUCUCUUUCCACAAGUAUGGGGAGUACUUCCCUGGCACUGGAGACCUGAGGGACAUUGGAGCAGGAAAGGGCAAGUACUACGCAGUAAACUACCCUCUUAGAGAUGGCAUUGAUGAUGAGUCCUAUGAAGCCAUCUUUAAGCCUAUCAUGGCUAAAGUCAUGGAGAUGUACCAGCCCAGCGCUGUGGUCCUACAAUGUGGAGCUGAUUCUCUGUCUGGAGACAGACUGGGCUGCUUUAACCUCACCAUCAAAGGUCACGCUAAGUGUGUGGAGUACAUCAAAACUUUCAACCUUCCUCUGCUGAUGCUGGGUGGCGGAGGCUACACCAUCCGUAACGUGGCCCGUUGCUGGACCUAUGAAACUGCCGUCGCCUUGGACUGCUCCAUCCCCAACGAGCUGCCCUACAAUGAUUACUUUGAGUAUUUUGGGCCUGAUUUCAAGCUGCACAUCAGCCCCUCCAACAUGACCAACCAGAACACCAACGAGUACCUGGAGAAGAUCAAACAGCGCCUGUUUGAGAACCUUCGUAUGCUGCCUCACGCCCCCGGUGUCCAGAUGCAAGUUAUCCCAGAGGAUGCUCCUCACCCAGACAGUGGAGAUGAGGAAGAGGAAGACCCUGACAAACGCAUCUCUAUCCGAGCUCAUGACAAGAGGAUAGCCUGCGAGGAGGAGUUUUCUGACUCUGAGGAUGAGGCGGAAGGGCAGGGUGGGGGCCGCCGUAACGCAGCUAAUCACAAGAAGGCUAAGCGAGUGAAGAAGGAGGACGAGAAGGAAGGAGAGGAAAAGAAAGAAGUGAAAGAGGAAGAGAAGGAGGAGGAGAAAAUGGACACAUCAGGACCAAAAGAAGAGGUGAAGACAACUUGAAGACUGGCACACAGAGGAAUGGAUGUUUCUAUUGUUAUCAAGCCCCUCUUGAUUCCUGUAUUCUCCCACUGCAGUGAUAGGACCUUUUUUCUAUUCCUGUUUUUAUGAUGUGUUCUUACAGGCAAGCCUGAUUUACACUGUUCACAGGCUCAAUGAUGCACUGGUAUAAACCCCACCCGGCUGGUGCUCCAUGUAGUGUAAAACAAAUCCCGAUGAGCUGUUGUGUGAACCAGGCUUGCUUUAAUAAGAAAAAAGCCACCCAGAUUGUUACAGUUCCUAUACUGAUAUUUCUCACAGAAACCUGUUUGUGGGGCUUCAGCUAAAAUCCCUGCAGAGACGUAGAUGAUUUCCAAGUGCUCACAUGCAAAAAGGCUUUGUUAGUUUCCAAACAUCUAUUUAUGAUACUGUGAUACUGAGUAACCAGCACGAGGCAGAUAGUUUGCCUGUGUUGCUUCACCACUGAAUGCAUGUUUAGAUCGAGCUCGCCUUUAGCAUGUACUUAUUACUGCCUUCGCCCAAACAGUCCUGGAGCUCUGCUCAGUAACUUAUUUAAAAUCAUGAGUACAGUCGGCCCCCUUAGCCCCUCUUUCUAUGAAUAUCUGCUCUGUUUUUAUUUUUUUCCUCCAUUGUAUGUUUAUGUAAGGAUGAGUGUGACCCUCUUCAGAGGCUUAAUGUUGGGUAUGAGUGACUUAUUUUAGAUAUUUUGUACCAUUUACAUGAAGGCGGUGUAAGCCUCUACAUGUGCUUGUUUGGAGUUCUAUCCUUGUGAAAUGUGCAUUAUCAGAACUUUUUGUUAUAAAAAAAUAAAUAAAAUGGAACCAUA